GACCAUGGUGGAAAGAGUUGGAUCAAGCCUGGACCUGAGAACACCAGAUACCAUGGUGGAGAGAGUUGGAUCAAGCCUGGACCUGAGAAAUGGAUUCCUCAGAGCUGUAAGACUUGUGACCAUGUUGAGGACUCCACACACUGGCUUCAGAUUGAACCCUUGACUUCCACUGUCCAGGGAGUGACAAUGUUCAGGCACAGGACACCCAAAGGGAGUUAUGAGUGCACAGUGUCUGGGCUCCGCUGGCUGUGUGAGAGAGAUGUCAUUCUGAAGUAUCACUUCAGGAACUGGGAACCCUACAGUCACCUUCUGAAAGACAUGCAGUACACACAAGGUGGUCCAUUGCUGGACAUCACUAUGGAGUUAGGUGAACUGGAGGAAGUUCAUCUGCCACACUGUGUCUGUUUAGGGACCAACCCGUCCCUGAGGAAUGAGAUGAAGAUUCUUCAUGUAGAGGAACAUGGAGUGUCUUUAGAGGAAGUGCAUGAGGUCACCAGAUUCCAUGCAAAGAUUCUCCAUCCCAAGUUCUCAGUAAUCUCUCUGAUACUGAGAUUACUGUCUUGGAACGUAGAUGUCCACUGUGAGCUGAUGCUCUAUCUGACAGUGAAAAAGGAAACACUAAUUCCACGCCUAUACCUGUUCCCCAGUAACCCCGGCCAAAUACUGGCUGUGGAACAACAGGAAUCAAAGUUUCAAGGGUCUUCAAGGAUUCUCAUCUCAAGACCAGAGCAGUCCUUAAAACUGAAUAGUUCCUUCAGACUGAACAUUCCCUGUUCUACCUCCAUCAAUCCACCGAGGAUUCAGCUCAUACAUAGAGACACCACACCAAGCUUUUUUCAGAGCGGUUGUGAAAAUGACAGGGAUUGACAUUGAGAUGGAGUUAUUCAGUGAUGAUGA